UUGUUUUUUCUAAAUUUUAAUGUUUGCAUAGGUUUCAAAGGCAUUGCUAUCAGACAUUCGUCCGAUUGGGAAAAAAGACCAGCUGGAGAAUUGAAGAUAAGUGAAACCUUGCUUGCUUACGAACAUGAGGACAGUGAGACAGUGGCGAGCGAGAGAGACGCCGCUGAUUAUGCUAAAUUCCUGGGCGCGUUUCAAAAUGAAAACUGGUAUAUCGAAACUUUGCGCCAGCCUGCGACGAACUACCAUGAAGACGUGUCAGAAUCUGAUGUCUGGCAUUUUAAGCCGCAUGUUGGUCCGAUAAAUGGUCUAGCAAUAUCGAAUGAGGACGGGGACCAUAUGUAUACUUGUUCUUUUGACGGCAGUACCAGGAUGAUGGAUAUUAACAAAGGCUAUUUUGAAGAAGUGUUUGUGGACGAAGAGGAUCUCUGCAAAAGCGUGGAGUUGAUAGCGCCGAAGCAGCUGGCCAUCGCACUGCAUAGCGGAGACGUUCUUUUGGCCGACUGCAGAAUCCCGCCCUACAUGCAUCAUAAACUGAAACUCGGCCACCCGCGUCUCAGAACGGUGAGCAUUCACCCGCUGCACAGGGAUUACUUUUGCACUGCCUCUGCGAACGGGUACGAGCGCAAGAAUACUAGUUUAUUCUCACUGUGA